AGCCCGGGAGUAGAAUAAAUAGAGCUGGCACUUGCAAAGGAAAACAUCCAAUUUGUGCAGCAAGUCGAGCGAGCAUGUACACCUUAUGGGUUUCCUUCAUAGUGCUGCUUAUGCUGACAGUGUGGUGUGCUGGGGAAAAGUCUCCACUUUAUGGUGGGACUAGAUCGGCAGAAAAGUUUGAUGAUGGUCCAUCUUCAGGCAUUCUGAGUCUGACCAUCUAUUCAGGUAAUGUAGUGGAUGCCAUUCAGGUGCAGACCGUUGAGGGCCUGCGGCCUUUCCACGGGAGAAAUACCUGCAAGGGAUGUUCUCCCAUCAAUCCACCUCAUAAACUUGGAGGACCUCGCUAUCAGAUCAAUCUUCGCUACCCAGAUGAGUAUAUAUACAAGAUAUCUGGACACUCUGGAUGGUACGGUCUCAGCCAAUUUUACAUCUACACAAGGAAAGGUGUCCACGGCAAUACCACAACUUAUGGACCAUUUGGCAAAAUAGCAGGGGAAAAGAAAUUUUCCUCAAAGGAGGGCAAGAUUGUGGGCUUUUGGGGCUACGCCUCUACUAGUACAUCUAUGAGAGGCAUUGGAGUCUAUUUCCAGGACCCACCACCAGCCACGAAAUCUCCACUCUAUGGUGGGAAUAGAUCGGCAGAAAAGUUUGAUGAUGGUCCAUCUUCAGGCAUUCUCAGUCUUACCAUCUAUUCAGGUGCUAUAGUGGAUGCCAUUCAGGUCCGGACCGUUGAGGGCCUUCGGCCUUUCCACGGGACAAAUAGCUGCAAGGGAUGUUCUCCCAUCAAUCCGCCUCAUAAACUUGGAGGAACUCGCUAUCAGAUCAAUUUUCGCUACCCAUAUGAGUAUAUAUACAAGAUAUCUGGAUCUGCUGGAUGUUACGGUGGAUGGGACGGUCUCAGCCAAUUUUACAUCUACACAAGGAACAGUGUCCAUGGCAAUACCACAACUUAUGGACCAUUUGGCAAUAGAGCAGGAGGGAAAGAGAAUUUUCGCUCAAAGGAGGGCAAGAUUGUGGGCUUUUGGGGCUAUGCCUCUACUAGUACAUAUAUGAGAGGCAUUGGAGUCUACUUCCAGGACCCACCACCACCAGCCACGAAAUCUCCACUCUAUGGUGGGACUAGAUCGGCAGAAAAGUUUGAUGAUGGUCCAUCUUCAGGCAUUCUGAGUCUUACCAUCUAUUCAGCUGCUGUAGUGGAUGCCAUUCAGGUCCAGACCGUUGAGGGCCUGCGGCCUUUCCACGGGACAAAAAGCUGCAGGGGAUGUUCUCCCAUCAAUCCGCCUCACAAACUUGGAGGAACUCGCUAUCAGAUCAAUCUUCGCUACCCAUAUGAGUAUAUAUACAAGAUAUCCGGAUAUGCUGGAUGGAGCUCGGUGGCCAAAGUUUGGGGUCUCAGCCAAUUUUACAUCUAUACAAGGAAUAGUAUCCACGGCAAUACCACAACUUAUGGACCAUUUGGCAAUAGAGCAGGAGGGAAAGAGAAUUUUUACUCAAAGGAGGGCAAGAUUGUGGGCUUUUGGGGCUACGCCUCUACUAGUACAGAUGUGAGAGGCAUUGGAGUCUACAUCCAAAACCCACCACCAGCCACGAAAUCUCCACUCUAUGGUGGGAGGGAAUGGGCAAUGGAGUUUGAUGAUGGUCCAUCUUCAGGCAUUCUGAGUCUUACAAUUUAUUCAGGUGCUGUAGUGGAUGCCAUUCAGGUGCAGACCGUUGAGGGCCUGCGGCCUUUCCAUGGGACAAAUACCUGCAAGGGAUGUUCUCCCAUCCAUCCGCCUCAUAAACUUGGGGGAACUCGCUAUAAGAUCAAUCUUCGCUACCCAGAUGAGUACAUAUACAAGAUAUCUGGAUACGCUGGAUGGAGCUCGUUGAGCAAUAUUUGGGGUCUCAGCCAAUUUUACAUCUACAUAAAGAAUAGUGUCCACGGCAAGAUCACAACUUACGGACCAUUUGGCUAUACACCAGGGAAAGAGAAUUUUCGCUCAAAGGAGGGCAAGAUUGUGGGCUUUUGGGGCUACGCCUCUGCUAGUACAUAUAUGAGAGGCAUUGGAGUCUACAUCCAAGACCCAUUACCAUCACCACGGCCACCGUCACCUCCACCAACAACCUGCAUUCCCUAUCAGCAAGCUUGUGUUUGUUGUAACGAGACUCCAUCAGCCAAGUGUUGCCCAGAAGGAUACGAAUGCCAGACCUUCAAGGGUGAAUGGAAAUAUCUCUCGAACUGCCAGCCAAAAUACGCUCUCUCCCUUUGAUUUCUGGAAUUAAGAGUUUCAAUUCGAUAAUAAAGGAAAUCACCUAUGAUAAACUGUUUA